AUGAAUGAUGAAUUCGAUUCAACAUCAAUGAUUAAUAAUGAAAAACGAACAUCAGCCGCGAAACUUGUUAAUCAAUUAUAUUUUUUUCUGAUUAGAUAUCUCCUCAAUAUGAAUGAUACAAUAAAAAGUGAUGAUGAAUCACGUAUUAGUAUGAAAUAUGCUACACUAGCAUGUUUAUCGUAUUUAUCAACAAUUCCAUACAUUUGGUUAUCUUUACUGAAAGUAUUACAUCUUUUAUCUGUACGUGAACAUGGUGAUCCAUAUUUACGUGGUGCAUGUGCAAAUUUACUUGCUAAAUUAAUUCAAACAACAGUUCAUCUUUGA